AGUCAGAGACGCUAAGCCUUGUGGGAUAUUAAUGAAUGUGAACUCAGCAACCGUAAUUCCAGAACAGUCCCACUGUUGUAAUAGUGGGAUGUGUAUCUUCUGACAGACUCUAUGCUGAGUAAAGUCAUGUUUUUAUCCUAAAACGUUUUUCUACCAGAACCAAAGUGUGGAUGCAGUCACUAUUUAGAGCAGUCUAAUCUCAUUAACCCAGAACUAUAAUCUUGUGUGAUUAAGUUCUGGGUCCAUACGUGUUAGAAACUACAGGAGGUGAGUCACAUGUUAUUUGUURCAGCAGUUUCCAUGGAAACAUACAGAGGAGUUUAUGCAAAUCAACCCUUUCUGUCUUGACAUCUGAAGGAGGAGUCUCUGAAAACCUAUUUAAAGCAGUCUGUCCUGACUCAGCUCAACAGUCUCCAGUCUACCAACUGGUCUCUGUAAUAACUAUUUAAAGCAGUCUGUCCUGACUCAGCUCAACAGUCUCCAGUCUACCAACUGGUCUCUGUAACUUCAUCUUUGUCUCUGUGGUGUACAGUCUUCAGGUGAUGAUGGGGGUAUUGAAUCAUCUCUCUACUCUCCUCCUUCUCUCUCUCCUUCCUCCUGCUCUCUCUCAUGUAGUGGAGAAGUUCAGUGAUGUUCGACAGUGCAAGAAGUUCUUCAUGAAUGGGACAACUCCAACUCUCACGGGUAUUUUGGUUGGUGGGAUAGUCAAGAACGAGGGCCGCUACAAGCCGAUCUGCCAGAAGUACAAAAACUUCUACAGGUUUGCAACUCUCUACGACACGACCAACAGGAUCCCUGUGUUCUCAGCCUACACCUUCACUGGUUCUUCUAAGAAAAGCAGACCAAAACAACCCUGGAUGAUCGAGCCUGAGCUCAACAGGUAUAACAACAGCCCUGAAAUGGUGGUGGAUGAUUCAUACCAGGCUGGGAACAACGACUAUAAGAACUCAAUACCAAGUAAAGGGGUGAACAAAGGUUUCCUCUUCCCAAGUUCACAUGCUCAUGACCUUGAUACUCAGAAGUCCACCUUUACCCUGACCAACAUCGUUCCCCAGGUGGUGUCAUUCAACGAUGGCAGCUGGAAGGUAAUGGAGGACUAUGUCAGAACGAAGUUUAAGAAGGACUGUAUUAGAAACAGGAUGAUAAAAGCCUAUGUGGUGACUGGAGCAGUUCCCAACAACAACAACAACACACUGAACAACAGAGUGAACAUCCCAGAUCUCCUGUGGACAGCCUACUGCUGUUACAACAGUGAGAAGAACAAGUGGAUGGCCGGAGCACACUGGGGGGAGAACAAAAAGGAGGUAAAGAUACAAACAUUGAAAACAGAAACCUUGGGAGCACUCGAAAAGAUGUUGAAGAAAGGUGGUCGUGCCCAGGUGUUCCCAAAGGAUUGUCCAAGAGGUCCUUAACCUACCACUAACCCCUACCCCCUAACCCUACCACUACCCUUAACUUUACCCCUAUCCCUGCUCGUAACCCCUAACCCAUCCUGAGUUGGAAGAAUUUCUUCCGUAGUGAGGAAUCUUUACAAUUCCAUGAGAAAUAGUUCUGUAAGGAUCUUUGGAUGAUCUGGGUACAGAUGCUCACACCAUAUCAACAAACUAUCAUUACUGUUAGACUAAUGAUUAUCAGGGUUAUAAUGGUAAUGAGGGUUAUAAUGGUAAUGAGGGUUAUAAUGGUAAUGAGGGUUGUAAUGGUAAUGAGGGUUAUAAUGGUUAUGAUGGUUAUAAUGGUUAGAUGGUUAUGA